ACGUCACACCCAAACAGGAAACGCUUCACUCCUGGGUGAUUCGAGUUUAGUGGAUAUCUAUUUUUAAAAGCUUUUUUUCUUUAAAUGUCUCAGGAUACCUGGUUACAGAAUUACGAUGCCACUUGUCGCCUGGCACAAGAAAUUGCUGAAAACAUCCAUGAACGCAACAGACAGCAAAGAACCGGAGGAAAUCCAGCCAAGAUCAACAUGACACUACGGGCAUUACUUCAGAAGCUCAAACAAAGUAUUGCCCAGCUUAAAGAGAGUUUGCUGAGGUCUUCUUCGUCACGGCGCAUAAUGGAGUCAGAAGCGGACAGGCGGCAGAAUCUCAUUGACGAGCUACUGACCAGGGAGAAGCAGCUCAAUGCCACUUUUAAAGGCGACGUCCUGGAACCAGCUCCGUCCAGGUCCACCUUAAUGGCAGGAGGAGUGGGCGCAAGCGAAGGAGUCUCGGCAAACCCGUGGCUCGUUAAUGAAUCAGAAGAAACCCGGGGGUUGACUUUCGGAGAGAUUAAACAACAACAACAACGAAUCAUUGAAGUCCAGGAUGCUGGUCUAGAUGCACUAGCAGCAGUCAUUAGCCGGCAGAAGAUAAUGGGGCAGGAGAUUGGCAACGAGCUGGAUGAGCAGAACGAAAUCAUUGACGACCUUGCACAGCUUGUGGACAAGACAGAUGGUCGAAUUAGCAACGAGACACGCCGAGUGCAGCUGGUGGAGACAAAGUCAGCCUCCUGUGGGAUGCUGGUGGUGAUUGUGUUGCUGCUUAUUGCGAUCAUUAUGGUAGCUGUGUGGCCUGUGUAGCAAUCAUGGACGCAGACACGUGCUGGACGACGACUAAGAGUACAAUUUGGAUGAGGGAACGGUAGGAUUCAAACGCGGAUGAAGAUGUUCUCUCCUCUUGGUUGAUAUAUAUAUAUAUAUAUAUAUAUUUUUUUUUUUUAAAUGAAUAAUUUCUACAUCGUUAACCUCAAUGAUGUGCGUCAUGGAUAAAUCAAAGCUUUGCAUUUCUUCCACACUCUGUUAUAGUUGCAUUAUAAUGUAUGUUGUUGUAUAGGUUUUGUUUAUGGAGGAGAGCCCCCUCUGAUAACUGUUCCAUCGUAUUACCAAGAUGAAUGUAAUCUUCCUGCUCUGUAAAGUUAUUAAAGUAGUCCCCCCCCCCCCCAAAUAAAUUACAUUUACACUACAUUUACAUUAAUAGCACCACUUCUCCUGGCUGAUUGUAUUUUAAUUCAAGACCUGUACUAAACCACUUUUUUUUCCCCAAUUACUUUGACUGUUUUAUAGUUAGCUGAAAAAGUGCUUUCAAAUCAGCAAUUAAAAGCACAAAAUAGACCAAUAUUACAGUGUAACAAGAGUUUAUUUGAAAAUCUGCCUUUAGUUCUACCAGGUUGGUAUGUUCAGUAGUUAUAAUUUCCUUCUUCAUUUAUUGGCAACAAUCUAAACAAUGACAAGACAUUAAAAAUACGGAAAAUAAGUAAAAAGUUGAGGAAACGAAAGCCACAAUGCUUCGUGUCAUUAAAUAUAUUCAUAUAUAUAUAUAUAUAUAUAUAUAUAUAUAUAUAUAUAUAUAUAUAAUAGCCAUAAUAUAUUAGUACACAUUGUAAAAAAACAACAUUGCAAAAAAUGGGCUUUUGCAAAUGUGACAACUCAACAACAUUUACUAUUCAUAGUAUGAACACAAAGCAACGCUUUUUAAAGGAAGCUCUCCAAACCUUUGCUCUGGGGGUGUGAUGACAAAAAACGUGUAAGGUUACAUGAUGAACAUGAUGUUGGAGGAUAAACGGUCACAAGAAAUGUGUUGCUGAAUAAAUGCUGUCAGUAUAUUAUGUCUUUGCCGGAGAAGCACUUGGCAAAAAGUGGUGAUGAAUCAUGGCACAGAGGAAAAAUGGCUCAUCAAACACUAGUUCUAACAUACUGAGUCAUACUUUGACUAUAAAAGCUCGUUCUCCUCUUUUUAAUCGUAUGUCUGAGCGCCAUAUUCAAUCUGUAAGAUUUGUCAGGUGAAGUGAAACAUUUUGGAUGAAAAUUACUGUGCUUCUACCGCUAAGAAACUUAUGGCAUUAAUACUGACUUAACAUUUAAUAAAAUGCUAAGUGUGCUUGUAUGAGAACAUAUUUAUGGUGUUUGGGGAGAAAUAUCAAGUUGUGCUGGCUAAAUCCAACUUAACAUGCAUUUAAAUAAAUGUACAAAGAGCAACACAGUUCUGCAUGGCACCCGUUGUCAAGCGGCGACACGUAUUGCAAAUGAACGUGACAGGCUUGGUAUGUUUAACAGGAAUUUGCUGAGAAACUGUGUGAAAAAGGAACUAAAUAUAGUGUCCAACAAACAUUUUGGAAAUGCAACAAUAAAUUGUUACAUAUUUCUCCCAAAUCAAUGUUGAUAUUGGUUCACAUAUGAAUUUCCUUUCAUUUUUCUUACUUUUUGUAAGAAACCCUACUGAAUUCUGGCAAGAACCGAAAAUGUAAUAUUUUUUCCUUUACUGUCAUGUUUGUACCA